UGCUGCCCGGUUAAUAAGAGGUUACACCAGCUGCUGAAACCGUCCGUGCUGGAAAUAGAGCAUAUAUUGAGAGAGAGAGAGAGAGAGAGAGAGAGAGAGAGAGAGAGAGAGAGAGAGAGAGAGAGAGAGAGAGAGAGAGNAGAGAGAGAGAGAGAGAGAGAGAGAGAGAGAGAGAGAGAGAGAGAGAGAGAGAGAGAGAGAGAGAGAGAUGGCGGAAGAGGGGAGACGGAAAGGGUCUAAGGUACCGAUGACAGGUCAGCGAACUUUGAAGUCGUUCUUCAGGCUGUCGCCUAGUAAUGAUAAUUCUGACGAUUCCGUCUCCACGGGAGAGGGAGGAGAUGGUGGGAAUGGGAGAAUGGCAAUGGGAGAGGGAGGUGUCGAUGGCAGUAAGGAUCAGAUGGGAGAUGCGCGGUCGUUUAUAGAACCGAUCUCGCAAGUGAAGAUUGGAGUUGAAGUUGGAGUUGACCGUCCAGUACGGGCAGAAUGCAGUCGCAUGAUCUGUGAACCGGAUCCCUGCGGAUCUACUGCUCAGACCUCGACGUUUGGGGGAGGGUUGGGUGUUGCGCAGAGAGUGGGGUUCGAUCUCCGGUCCUUCGCCUUGUGCGGCGAACGGAGGGAGGAGAAGAUGAAAGAAGGUACUAAGGAGAAAGAGGAGGAGGAGGAGCAGAAAGAGAGAAAUCCGACGAACAUCAAUUGUGGCGGCGCCAAGGUGCAGAAUGAAGUCAAAUUUGGAGAUGGAGAGGUGGAGGUCGUUGGCUACACGAUGCGUCGUGAGGCUGUAGGAGAGAGAUGGGCCUCUGAUGACUAUGACAGGCACAAGCUCACGGGAGAAGGGAGCCGAAUCGGACGAUCGGUUGGGGUUCGAUCUCCGGUCCUUCGGAUGAGCAAAGGGGUUUCGAUCGCUAAUCUUAUUGUGCUAGAUUGUGAAGGCAGUGCGUGGAAUGGCGGGGAAAGGCAUGAUGAAGGUCAGGCUAUGCAGAGUGAAGGGCGAGGAGGAGGCAGAGAUCAAGCUGUUACAGGAGGAGGAGGAGGAGGAGGAGGAGAGAAAUGGGGGAAGUUGAGAGGUGCUGUGUUCGUGGAUGGACCGUGUGUGGAAUGCAGUGGGGGAAAGAAGAAUGGGCAGUUGGCGAUGGUUGCUGAUGAUGUUGAUUUGCAAUCGUCGUUUCCCAAGAGAGGGGUAGGAGGAGGGGUAGAACAGGAAGGAGGGUUUGUGAUGUCGUCAUCGUUUUCAAUGGAAGGAGGAGGAGGAGGAGUAGAAAGAGGAGGAGGAGGAGGGGCAGAAGAGAAAGGAGGGUUUGCGAUGACAUCAUCGUUUUCCAUGGGAAGGGGAGGAGGAGGAGGAGGAGAGAGGAGGAGAGAGGAAGGUAGGAACAGCGGAGGGAAUGGUUGCGGAAAAGGGGGAUCCUUUGUGAGAGCUUCGGAUACGAGUAGCAGUCGUGCGGUUAAGGUGGGAAUGGGAGGAUACGGCAGAAAGGGAGGAGGUGGAGGGAGAGGUGGAAGUGGGGGAGAGUGUAGUGGGUUCAUGAAGGCGUCCUCCAUGUUGCCUCCUCCCAAGACAUUCGAAUGGACGACUAAUCUAAAGGAGGGGGAAGAGGAGCUGAAAGAGGUGGUUCCGACGACUGGACAGAUGGAGCUAUGGCGGAAGAAACGUCAGGAGAAAGAAGCGAAGCUGGAGAAGCAAAAGGCAGAGAGACAGAGAUCGAGGCAAUCGAGUAUAGAUUUUUGUCUGAGGGAUGCAGCUGCACAAGCCGCAAGGAAGAGAAGAGUAGUUGCUACGGGAGUUGUGUCUGUCAUCGACCUGCCAACUGAUGUGAUGAAAGCGAUUUUCGCCCAUCUGCCAAGGCAGCAAGUGUUGAAGAGCGUUCGCGCUUGUUGCAAAACGUGGAGAGAGAUUGUCGAAGCGUCGGACUUUCUGCCACAUACAAAACGUUAUCAUCAAUUGCUGUCUCGCAGUGUCCGUCCAGAGGUCGUGAACGUUGUGAAAAAUUGGUUCUUGCAGCAAAAUCUGACAACCAUGGAAGGCCUCUGUGAAUACCUUGAAGACAACCCUUUCCAAAGCUCUCCGCAGUGCAUGACACUGCUCACUCGAUCACAAACCAAGGCCAUGGACCGGAAGGCGGGAGAAUCCCUCCUGGCCUAUGAGGAACGUCUGGCGGCAUUCAUUCAGGAGGCCAACGAUAGGGCGGCCGCCGCGGCCAAGGAACGUAAUCGGCUCGAACAAGAGGAGGAGGCCAAGCGACAGAAGGAGGAACAGGACCGACUUCGUCAAGAAGAGGCAGACCUGCAGGCGGCAGCCGAACACCGGUCACGCCAGUGGGAACGACUGUUCACGCGGGAGACCGUGAUCGGCGACGAGGCCGCACAUUGGGUGGAAGUGACAUCUGCAAACGGGGCCCCGGAGAUUGAGAAAGGGCUGUCAGCCCUUGCGCAGGUCUCCCACGACCUCGUGGCCACCUGCGCUCUGCAGCAGGAGAAAAUCCUUCACCUGCAGCAGACAGUGGACCAGAUGCUCGCACGGCUGCAGGCGUUGGAGAAACAGCCAGCUGCUGUUGCAGCCGCAGGGCCUUCCACCCUUACCACCCGUGUNGUGCAAGUUUUGGAGGAUGACGUCAGCAACAUCAAGCGUGUGCAUCAGGACUUCCGGACGUCACAGCAAGCAACGAACUUGCAGUUGGAGACGCAGGUACAGGCUGCUGCCACCGUGACGCCCGCCGCCGCAUCCUCCCGGCGCCCACCCAAACUGGAUGACAUUCCAGUUUUCUGCGAUCAGUCCAAGACGGAACCGAUCCCGUGGUGGCGCCAGUUUACUCUCAGGCUCGACAUGCAUCAUGUCCCGAACAACGAUCGGCAUCCGUGCUUGUACCACCGAUCUGGUGGUGCAUGUCAAGCAUGGUUGGACAACAUCUUGACCAGCCACGGCGUAGCAGUGUCGGAACUGCACACCAAGCUCACUUGGCAGGAGUUGACUGACGUCUGGCACAAGCGAUUCCAAGUGGAGCCGCCCGACCUGCAACGAUCUGGUGGUGCAUGUCAAGCAUGGCUGGACAACAUCUUGACCAGCCACGGCGUAGCAGUGUCGGAACUGCACACCAAGCUCACUUGGCAGGAGUUGACUGACGCCUGGCACAAGCGAUUCCAAGUGGAGCCGCCCGACCUGCAAGCGAUGGACAAGCUCAACAAGCUCCAUCAGAACACGCUGCUCAGUCAGGACUGGAUUACCGAGUUCCAAAGACUCGCCUCCACACCUGACCUGCCGUUCACAUUCUGCGCCAUCAAGCACUUGUUUAUCAUGCGCUCGUGUCCAGCUCUGCAAAACGCGCUGACGCAGAUUGCAGAGACACUCGACACAUCUGACAAGCUUUUCAGCACAGCGUCACGGAUCAUUCUCACGAAUAUCGAAGCCCGCAACGCUGACCGACCUUCCGCGACGACGAGCGGCACCCAGCCCAAGCCAAAGGUGGCUUGCAUUACUUCUACCGAGGCUGCAACACCAAACGAGGGUGAAGUGUUGGCAGCUGCCCGGGAUGGUGGCCGGUCGCGCAACAACCACGGCCGCGACAAGACGAAGACUCAGUCCACCUCUACACCGAGCACCGGAUCAGCCGCCGACGAACCUUGGGCACAAUACGGACUCUCGACGAAUUCUUAUCGCACGAGACUCAAGUACCGUUUCUUCGCCAGUUCAUCUUCAUCAAGGGAUUCGGCAAGCGUGUUCAACGAGGAGGCUUUGGACCCGCUCACGCCCGAGGACUUCGCUUGGAUUCCUCUCCCUACGACGGGCAACCUUCCGGGGCCGCAAAGCGCAGCCCUAUGCGCCCUCUUACACGAGUAUCUUUCCUUCCAUGCACCACCAACUUCGCCGACGGUAGACGAAGUCGCGGCGGGGGACAUGCUUGGCUACGUUGCCAAGGUGGCCCGCGAGUUUGUCUCGCAACGGUACGCAGAAAACAAUGCACCGUUGCUCUACGUUCGCAUUCAGAUUGGGCAAGCGGCCUGCAACGCUUUGCUAGAUUGCGGUGUAACUCGCAACUUCAUCAGCCAGUCCUUCAUGACUCGGGCUGGCCUUGGCACACAAGUACGGAGGAAGUCACAUCCAACGACGGUUGCUCUUGCCGACGGUAAGACGAAACAGCUUUUAGACCGUUACAUCUCGGCUGUCCCGGUGUACUUUGCACCGCACGCAUGUGAACCCGUCACUUUUGACGUGUUGGACACCGACUUCGAUGUCAUUUUGGGGAUGCCUUGGCUUUCUAGCGUGGACCACACGGUCAAUUUCCAUCAACGCACGCUCACGAUUCGUGAUGCAACUGGCGCCGAGGUCCCGUGAAGAGAUGACAGUACUGCUGAUGAAGCAAAGGCAAUUGAAGUUAUGAAGUACAUGUCCAGAAACUUUUCAUCAAGGCAAAUGUGGUGUUUGGCGUUUCUUGCUCUACUCUUCAUGUUCACAGGAACCUGUCUUCACACUUUCAUCAGAGCGUUGCUCUCAGGACGAUCAGGUGCUACACGAGUGGAUGCAGUGGAGUUUGUUCAUCUGGUUUUGGGUGCACUUACAUCAGAGACCUGGAACGACCCCAAACAACCAUGGCUUCGGCAUGUUGAGACUACGAUGCUGUAUUCGGAGGUUAAAGAGCAGGCUGCAGCUAAUACUACUGGUCAGCGCAGGCUGACAGCUGAGCAGCAUGAUAUCAUUGACACAGAUCUUAAACCUAAUGAGAUCAUGCUUGUGACAGCAUUUGCUGGUACUGGGAAAACAACAACGCUGGUGGAGUAUGUUCUCCGAAGGCCCGGGAAGAAAUUUGCGUACCUUGUGUUCAACCGUCAGUUGAGCGAUGAUGCUGAGAAGAAGUUUCCCCGGAACACCACAUGCGUCAACUUCCACAGGUUAGCUUAUCGCAAAGUGGGCUUUAUGUAUAAAGAGAAGAUCGGCAUUGUUUCUGCACAUAUUGUGAGCAGAACCAUGAGAACGCCCCAUGCAGAUGCGGAAUUCACUGUAAAGACUCUUGAAGGUUAUCUCUCCUCAGAGGAUAUGCAGAUUUCGACAAAGCACGUCCCCGACAAAGGCAGGGACAAAGAAAAUGAAUAUGUGCAGCGGGCUAUGGAAUUGUGGUCGAUGAUGAAGGAUAAGCAGAGGAAAGAUGUCCGCAUGACCCAUGGCGGGUACUUGAAGAUGUAUCAGCUGGGAAAACACCGCCUUGAUUUCGAUUAUGAUUGCUUAAUGUUGGACGAGGCACAGGAUGCAAGCCCUGUUAUGAAGGAUAUUGUGCUUAGCCAACAGCAGUGCAGUAAAAUCCUCGUUGGAGAUCCACAUCAGCAGAUAUACGGUUUUAUGGGAGCUGUCGAUGCCAUGCAGCAAGUUCGGAGUACUCGUCAGGUCAUCGAGCGGAAGUUGACUCAGUGUUUUCGUUUUGGGAGACAGAUUGCAGAUGUUUGUAACACCAUACUUGAGCUGAAGGGGGAGCCCUCUGUUUUGGUUGGCGUACGGCCUGAGCCAUUACCAGCCCCAACGGAGAGUAGACCAGAUGAUCCAGUUGUCUUCAUCGCUCGGUCGAAUGCAACCAUCUUUGAUAUGGCUGUGAACUCCCACAACAAUCGUCUUGGAUUCAUUGGAGGCUUAGAAGGUUACAACCUCAACUUGAUACUGGACACAUGUUUCCACAGCUACAACGAGCUCAAACUAACAGUGGAGAGGACAGGGGAUGCGGAAAGAAAAGUUAGAAUGUCUAUCGUGGAGACACAUUCCGUGGAUCUUCCAGGCAAAGUGAAGUCAAUACAACAUAGAGAUGUUGGGAAAGACCUCUCCAAAGCUCAGUUAAUUUUGUCAACCGCUCACAAGGCAAAGGGAAUGGAAUUCCCUACUGUUCAACUGGGAGAAGAUUUCCAAGAGCUACAUCAAGUGGGAUGCAGAGGAGCAGCUUUUGGGCCAACCGAAGAAGAGAGACCUACUGCGGUUUUCAAUCUGCUUCUUAAUAUGUUCGGAGGUGCUGGGUACGGUGGUCCUGUACAUGAUUUGUAUGAUAGAGAGAUUGUUCCAGAGGAGACGAAUGUGCUUUAUGUGGCAGCUUCAAGAGCUAAAACGAAACUUAUAAUGAACCCUGAUCUCCAGUACAUCAUGCAGGGCAAGGGUAAAGGCACUUGGGGUAAUCCGUACAUCGUCCUGCGAAUGGCUGCCGAUGAUGGAGUGCCCAAGUUAUGCUCUUUCUGCAGGAAGCUGCUGGAGGAGAAAAUCGCUAUGGUCUGGGGCCAUCAUAGGGUUGAUGUGGAUCGGCCGAGGCGACCUGAUGACGCUGAUGCUGCUGAACAUGACUGGACCUGGGCUUUGCGGGUCUGUUUUACUUGUGCAGGCUCGGGAAAAGAUCUGGCUUCUCGCGUUGCUGUAACUUCAGCAGUCGUUCUAAAUCUGCUGGUGAGCUGGCAUCUGGCCUCGCCGGCACCCAAGAAUGAGCAGAAUGAGUAGAAAACUGUCAUUGGUCGCUCUCAUCACUACUGCUCGUCAGGCAAGUGCCUCUCCGCUUCUUCUUCGAUGGACCAACUUUCUGGUGGAAGCUUUGUCCUGUCUACUACCUAUGUAAUGCAACUGAUCAUUAGGUCACCUUUUGUGUGGUCUGCAGAAGUAAUUGGCGAAAAUCAGUGGGAAAUAGUCGGCAGAGCACUUCCGAAC